UCGUCGAGUUCCGCGGCGUUCGUACCGGUAGCGCUAUCGGCGUACCAAGUCGAGAAGCUCGAGGCCAUGAUGAAUCAGCAAGUGCAGGACGCUAUACUGGCCCGCUCGGCACAAGCUGAAAAAGAUAACGAGUUGGACUCGGACUGGCGCUUCGUCGGCUCAUUGGGCCAGCUCAAGACCUUCACGCUUCGAGGAGCCGACCCAUGCAGUUCAACUUCGCCUUUGGCUACGACACUC